AUGGACAGAGCAAACUACACCCAAAAGUAUUCUCUGCUUAAGAAUAGUCUCCAGGACGAUCAGGAAGAGUCCGACUCGAAAACGGAACCCUACAGUCAGCGAAGCUUCUCUUACCGACUACUACGACUCACUUUCGGCGCUUUAGCAUUCCUCUCCAUUCUCGCCAAUAUAGUAUUUCUUGUUCUUCUCAACCGGUCCUCAAUACCACAUACGAAAUUCGCCAACUUAAUCUACGAUGUCCCAACCCCAAUCUACAGCAGUACCCAAUAUGGCCCAGGAAUCGGCACAGAAGAAGAUCGAGACCGUCACUGGAAUGCUCUCGACAUCAGUCCGGGAAUUAUUGCCAUACCAGACACAGAAGCCGAGUUAAUGGGCCUCCCACCUUCGCAAAGACUUCCUUGGGAUCAAUCGACUGGCGUCUAUCUCUUGGGUGCCCAUCAUCAAAUCCACUGUCUUAAAAGCAUGUACCAAUACAUCUCCAACCUCCACAACAAUCGAACAACACUCGCCGAUCACGCACACAUCCUACACUGUCUAGACGACCUCCUCCAAGAUGCCUACUGUCACGCCGACGACCUUCCAUGGAUGCAACUUCCACCUCAACCAGACCGCAAGAAAUACCCAAAAUACCAGGUUCGUCAGUGCAAGUCUUGGAAGAAGUUGCUGUCUUGGGCAGACAAGUAUAAUUCCUGUUAUAAGUAUGAUAAUGUGACUGAUGCUUCGGGGAUGCCGACUAAAAAUGAUUUGGAGCAUUAUAAGUUUUGCCCGGAAGGGUCGAAGCAGAAGGCGGCAAUGGAGGCUUGUUUCAGAAACAAAGAAGCUAGUGCUCUAGAUGUGUGA